AUAUGAAUAUGAAUAUGAAUAUGAUGAGGCUAUGGUGUUCUGGUUGGUAAACUACAGUCACCAACCACAGGGGCAGGGGCAGAGUCAGAGUCAGAGUCAGAGGCAGAGAUGGUAGCUAUUGCAUUUCAACAAGCUCUCCCAUUUCGUCUCUCUUAUUCUCCUUCUCCUUUGGCCUUCCCAAUCAUUCACAAAUUCUCCAACGCAGGUCGUCAUGCGAUAACUAUCUGUUCAAAGAAACAUGCGAAAUCAAGGCUCACCCUCUGCUUUGCUCAGGCACAACCCGUGGCAGGGCAGGAGCACAAGGUGGAGUCUGGUAAUGAUGUUGUAAGAGACACAAGUGUGUCCGUUGUUCUAUUGGCUGGAGGCCAGGGCAAGAGGAUGGGAGCUACCAUGCCAAAGCAGUAUCUUCCUCUUUUGGGUCAACCCAUUGCUCUCUAUAGUUUCUACACCUUUUCUCACAUGCUUCAAGUCAAAGAAAUUGUUGUGGUUUGUGAUCCUUCCUACAAGGACAUUUUUGAAGAUGCCAAGGGAAAUUUACAACCACAACUCAAAUUUGCCCUGCCUGGGAAAGAAAGACAAGAUUCUGUUUACAAUGGCCUUCAGGCUGUUGAUCCAAACUCUGACCUUGUUUGCAUUCACGAUUCUGCAAGGCCUUUGGUGUUAUCAGGAGAUGUGAAAAAGGUCCUUAAAGAUGGAUUAUUGUACGGAGCUGCUGUUCUUGGCGUCCCUGUGAAGGCCACAAUCAAAGAGGCAAACAGUGAAUCAUUUGUAGUUAAAACACUGGACAGAAAAACGCUAUGGGAGAUGCAGACCCCACAGGUUAUCAAGCCCGAGUUGCUUAAGAAAGGCUUUGAGCUAGUACAUAGAGAAGGUCUUGAAGUUACUGAUGAUGUGUCCAUUGUUGAGCACCUAAAACAUCCUGUUUAUGUCACUGAAGGGUCUUAUACAAAUAUUAAGGUGACUACGCCUGAUGACAUGUUACUGGCAGAGAGAAUAUUGAAUUUAAAUGCUGGAGAAAAUAUAGUUUUGCCUAUUCACCUUUGAAGGGAAAUCAUCCCCAAUUUUUUCAUAAUAGAUUACUUUUGAUCCUGCAAGGUGCUAGCAAUCUCGCAGCAAACAAAACUGUAAACAAUUUCUUGAAUUACGUAGUGUAGUUUCUAUUGAAAGUUGUGUAAAAACACAUGGUUCAUGCUUAAAACAAGGAAAAUGUUCCUGCCUGGAAGGGAAAAUCCUCUUCAAUCAAUGAAGCACCGUCCGUUAGUGGAUAAAGUUUGACCUAA